CUUUCUUUCAACAAGUAAAAUACAGAUUUAUAAAAACAAUAAAAAUUCCCUUUAAUCAGCAAUUGGACUUGGAGCUCCCUUGCGAUGGGCGCUUAUAAGCAAAAAGUGUAACAAAAGCGGAAAAAGGGAAAACUGCUAUGUACAACAACAAUAACAUUGUGUGCUGAUAACAACAAAUAAGAAAAUUACAGCUACAUGCAACGAUUAAAAAGACAACAAGAAGAAGCAGAUCAAGCGCUAAGAAAACGCGUCAUUUUCACAAUAAACAAAUUAAAUUAACAAUUGACUGCGACAUGUGCCAAGUGCCACCGUACAGUAAAUGCCAACAGCAUUCGCUUAAAUCAUGCUACGAAAAUAUGCUGAGUGCUACGUACGCUAUAGAAUUAUGGAAAGGAGAUCCACCGGAUAUUGUGGAUUUGAAGUGUCUUAUACCCACGGGAGAGUUGAUUCAAUUAUGGAUGAAAGUUGGUGCCAGCAUACGCGAAGUUAAGGCGGAAAUAGUGCACCAAUCGAAAUGUGGACCCUUGGGUUAUUUAAUUAAGGAUGCCUGUGAUUAUCAGGUGUACAGCAUUUCCAAUUAUGGCAUUGAGCCCUGCAUAGAUGAAACCAAACGCUUGAGCGAGGUGCAACCGUAUUUUGGUUUACUACGUUUGGGCGAACGCUCGGAUGCCAGCAGCUUGUCCAGCGACUAUGAGUUGAAUAAAAUGGUCAACACUAUUAUAGGCAAAUCCUUUGAUCAUGAGAAUGCACAAGGCACGCAGGAAGUGGAUGACUUUCGCCGGCGCACCACAAUUAUAUGCGAUGCGAUUGAAAUUGAACGCUCCAAGUAUAGCUGGAAGCAGCGAUUGCUCUACGAGCAUCCUUUGCGCUUGGCCAAUGCUGCCACCAUGCCGGAGCUAAUAAGACAGCGUCAUCCUACAUCAAAUUUUCUGAUUGCUGUGAAGAUAGAGAAUGAUCAAAGCACCUUUACCUUGUCUGUGCUGGAGCAUGACACACCCCUAACUUUAAUUUUAAAUACGCUGCAAAAGAUGAGUCGUUCGCAAAUGAAGAUGAACGAUCGUGCCAAUGAUUAUAUACUCAAAGUUAGUGGACGUGAUGAGUAUCUAAUUGGCGAUCAUCCGUUAAUACAGUUCCUUUAUAUACAAGAGACACUCUCGGAUGCGGCAGUGCCCAAUGUGGUGCUGCAGCUGGUCACACGUCUCGAGUCGUAUAUUAAUCAUCAAAAUGAGCAAAGUCUGGGCCCUAAGCGUCUACCCAAGCCAGAGCGUGCGGUGGCCGUAGUGCGGCCGGCGGCCAAGUCCAUUUGGGACUUGCCCGGGCAUAUGAAUUUCAGUUUAUUGUUGCAUGGCAUUAGCAAUGUCAACUUUGAUCGUGCGCGUGCCUUUAAAGUCGGCGUCCAUGUGGCGCUCUAUCAUGCCGAGCAUAAGCUUUGUGCUCAGCGUAGUGUGGACGCACCCAGCUCGGGCACUUCGCAUGAGCUUCAAUUUGAGGAACAAAGACUGGAAUUUGAUAUAAAAAUGCGCAACUUGCCGCGCAUGACACGCCUCUGCAUUGUUGUCUACGAGGUGACCAAGAUGUCACGCUCCAAGAAAUCAUCGAACAACAAUAGCACUCAAAAGGAUGAUGCCUAUAAUACUAAUCCCUUAGCCUGGGUUAAUACCGCGAUCUUUGAUUACAAGCAUCAGCUGCGGCAUGGUCAUCAGUCGCUAUUCACUUGGACAUAUGCGGAUGAUAUACAGUCCGAUGAGGUAUUCCAUCCGCUGGGCACCAUUGAAUCCAAUCCGCGCAGAGACGAAUGCGCCGUGGUGCAUUUGACAUUCCAAUCUGGCGUAGGCGACAAGGACAGCAAUGAAUUGCUACGUUAUCCCAGCGAGGAGGAGGUAAUGCAGUAUGCAACGGAUCGUGCGCGCGCCACAAGCGAAAAGCCACCCAAGACGGAGAAAAUGUUGCGCGACUUAAAAGUUGUGCUCGGCAACUAUACGGGCAAGGAUAAAAUAUAUGAAAUGGUUGAUCAGGAUCGCAAUACCAUUUGGGAGUUUAGAAACGAAAUAAUGCGCGAAUUCCCUGAAGAACUGUCCAUAUUAUUGCACUGCGUCUACUGGAAAGAGCGCGAUGAUGUCGCGGACAUUUGGUAUCUGCUGAAUCAGUGGCAACUUAUCAACAUUGAACGUUCGCUGGAGCUGCUAGACUAUGCCUAUCCCGAUCCAGCUGUGCGACGUUUCUCUGUGAAAUGUCUGCAAAAUCUAAAAGAUGAAGAGCUCUUAUUGUAUCUGCUGCAAUUGGUGCAGGCCAUCAAGCAUGAAUCGUAUUUGGAAAACGAUUUGGUGAUAUUUUUGCUGGAGCGUGCAUUGCGCAAUCAGCGCAUUGGUCAUUACUUCUUUUGGCAUCUGCGCUCCGAGAUGCAAAGACCCAGCAUGCAAAUGCGAUUUGGUUUACUACUGAAGGCGUAUCUUAAAGGCUGCAAGCAGCAUGUGACGCCACUGCGCAAACAGCUGGAGGUGCUGGAAACACUCAAGCAUGGCUCGGUUAUAGCAAAGAAUGGCAGCAAGGAGAAGGGACGUCAUGUACUGCAGGCAUUUCUACGUGAUCAGCAUGACAAGGGUGCAUUUCAAAGUAUUCAAUGUCCUUUGAAUCCAAGUAUACGUUGCAAUCGUGUAACGCCUGAGAAGUGUAAAGUUAUGGACAGCAAAAUGAAGCCACUGUGGGUGGUGUUUGAAAAUAUGGAUCCCACAACAACGGCUGACGUUUCGAUUAUAUUUAAGAAUGGCGAUGACUUGCGUCAGGAUAUGCUGACGCUACAGAUGCUGCGCGUUAUGGAUCAGCUUUGGAAACGCGAAGGAUUGGACUUGCGUAUGAAUAUUUACAACUGCAUAAGCAUGGAGCAGUGUCUGGGCAUGAUUGAAGUAGUCUGCGAUGCAGAAACUAUUGCGAAUAUACAAAAGGAGAGGGGCAUGUUUUCAGCCACAUCGCCGUUUAAGAAGGGCUCGCUCUAUAGCUGGCUGAAAGAGCACAAGAAUCCAGAUCAACUCAAUAAGGCCAUUAAGGAGUUUACGCUUAGCUGUGCCGGCUACUGUGUAGCCACAUAUGUGCUGGGCGUAGCCGAUCGUCACUCGGAUAACAUUAUGGUGAAGCGCAAUGGGCAGCUAUUUCACAUUGACUUUGGUCAUAUACUAGGACACUUUAAGGAGAAGUUUGGUGUGAAACGCGAACGUGUUCCUUUUGUUCUCACUCACGACUUUGUAUAUGUCAUCAACAAUGGCUGCAACGAUCGCGAGGCUAAGGAGUUUUGCUACUUUCAGGAAUUAUGCGAACGCGCAUUUCUGAUUUUACGAAAACACGGCUGCCUUAUUUUAUCGCUGUUUUCAAUGAUGAUUUCAACGGGACUGCCGGAAUUAUCCUCCGAAAAGGAUUUAAACUAUUUACGCGAGACUUUGGUGCUGGACUAUACGGAGGAGAAUGCACGCAAGCAUUUCAAAGGGAAAUUAAACGAAGCAUUAUCCAACUCUUGGAAAACCUCACUCAAUUGGGCUUCGCAUAACUUCUCUAAAAACAACAAACAGUAAAGUUCAGACAACAACAACAACAAAUUAAAACAACAAUCAUUUUUGCGAUAUGCAUAUUGUAAAUCCACAUCGAGUACACUCCUCACAUGUUACUACGACAAACACCUGCUUCUGUUAUAUUCCCUCUUUUUGUUUUCCUUU